AUGGGGCUGGCGGAGGCCACGGAGGACGCGUUUGGCGCUACCAGCGAUGGGUGGGGUGCCGUUGACACGCUGGAUACCGCCAUGGUGAGCCGCUGUGUGGGGUGUGUAUGCGUGAGACUCGGGGGCUUGAGGGGGAGGGACGUGGGGGAGCGGCGUGAGGGGGAUGAUGCGGGGGUGAAGGGGCAGUGCAAGGGGGUGGGGGUUCUGCCCCGCUUCUCCUGCACGGACUCACAGACUCACGCCCCUACGGCACUGUCUCCCAAAUUCCUCCUUUCCACAUCCCUCUCAUUAACGCACUACUUCCCUCCUUUCCCUCGCUUUGACCCUGCUUCUCCUAUACCGACUUGCAGCCCACAGGUUCGCACCCCUGCGGAACUGUCUCCCACAUCCCUCUCAUUAGCCACUGCCCCUGUUCCUUCUUUCCCUCCUUCUCCCUCCCCUGCCCCUUCCUCCCAGCUCCGCACCUGCUUCUCCCAUGUCAACGUCCUCCCCACAGAUUUCCAACCCUACGGUGGCGGCACACUGCUCUCACCCGUGUUCUCCCCAUGCCACCUCCCCCAACCCUUCCCCCAUCUUACCACCAGCUCCGCACUGCACGCACCUGCUGCUCCCACGCCGAUGUCUGUCCCACGGAUUCCCUUCCCCAUGGUGGCAGCGCACUGCUCACCAAUGCACUAUCCCUCCCCUUUCCUUCCCUCCCACCUCCCUCAACCCUUCCCACGUCUUCUCACCAGCUCCGCACUGCCCAUUUUCAAGCGCUGCACCGAUGUCUGGCCCAUGAAUUACCGACCCUGGAGCAUGGGCGCACUCUUCACAUGGAGCCUGCUCACUGUCCUCGGGCAAUGUGCGGACUCGUGGGAGGCGCUGGUGGUGAAGAUGGGUGGGGUUGCUGGGUGCCCCGAGGGCGGUGUUCUUGCUCAAGCACAAGCUGAGGGAAAAGCAGAUGAGGGACGGGCUGACACUCUACACCAUCGCUCCUUUCUUCCUCCCCCCUCCCCAUCACUCACCUUCUGUCCUACCUACUUCAUUCGCUUCCCCCGCCGAACCCAUCUCUUCGUCCUCUGCAGUUCAGCAUCUUUGCUCAUCUCAUCCCUCCCUUGCUUAUCCAACCCUUCUCCACUGCUCUUCUCCCACCCUCUCUUUUCCCCCUGCUCACCCCCUCCCGCUUCCCGCCCCUUCCCCCUCCCACUCCCCUCCGCCUCCCCCCCAGAGCAUCACGGGCAGCGGGGCCGUGCGCCUGCAGUACCUGUGGCACCUCAUGCUGCUGCUGGCCAUCUCCAAGGUCACCUUGCUGACAGCCGGUCGUGCGGCAUCGCCCCGGGCCACAGCAACGGCACCGUCUCCCUCUAG